AUGGGCUCAUCGUCUCUCUUCUGGCAGCAGUGCUGCCGCUGGUGCUUCCAGCCCUUCUCGACCUUCUCGCCGCACCUGUUGACUGCUGCGGGAAUCGUCAGCGCCAUCACCACCAUGGCUUCGCACGGCGUGCCUGUGAUGCGGAGCUUUGGUCUCCUGCUCGCUGCACUGGCUGCUCUCAUGCUCUCAGCCUGUGCGCCCAGGGCUGCUGCCAUUCGCCUGCCAGCUGCAAGCAACGCCGCCGACCAAACAUGCAUGCUCAAGGCGUGUGGCAUCAACGGCAAGUGCACCAAGGACAGUGCUGGAGUGGCGUCCUGUGUGUGUGACACUGGCUUCGCACUGCAGGCGGAUGGCAAUACGUGCACUGACACCUGCGAGAUCCAGAACUGUGGUGUGAACGGCAAGUGCACCAAGGAUGCCACCACUGGAGCAGCGUCCUGUGUGUGUGACUCUGGCUUCGUGCUGAGGCGGAUGGCAUGA